CAAAUUGUACAUAGAAUUUUUAAUAUUAACUUUCUUGAAAAUACAAAUUUAUCUUUGCAAUUAAUGCAUCCUGCAAAGAACAAUAUGUUUCUCGUAUGUGUAACCGUGGGUCUUGUAUUGUUGGCCUCUAAGUACCGCAAAAAUGUACUGGAAAGUGUUAUACAUCUUUGUCAAAGUAUUAAGAAUAAAAGCUACAAGCAGAGGGAUACCAAGAAAAAUAAGGUUAACAUUGCGUUAGACAAGAUAAUUUUGGCAGAUACUCCAGAAAAAUGUGAUUACGCCGUUCAGCGUAUUCGCUGUAACUUAACUAAUGAUGUAUUAGGUUUUGAUUGUGAAUGGGUUAACGAAGGGCCUGUAUCUUUACUUCAACUUGCUACAUUUAAUGGAGUAUGUGGUCUAUUUCGCAUUGGCAAAAUUGGAUAUGUUCCUCAUAAAUUAAAAGAAUUGCUGGCUAGUAAACAUAUCCUUAAAGUUGGAGUUGCUUCGUAUGAAGAUGGACAAAAAAUAGUAGCAGAUUAUGGGUGCAGAGUUUGUGGUACAGUUGAUUUAAGAUCAUUGGCAACACGUGCAAGUUUACCAAGCUCAAAGAGUUUGGCUGCAAUGUGUUUGCAAUAUUUAGGCUUGGAAAUCGAUAAAUUAAUAGAAGUAAGGUGUGGCAAUUGGAAUGCUGGCACUCUUACAGACGAACAAGUAGCAUAUGCUGCUUGCGAUGCAAUUGCGUCUGUUCUUAUUUAUGACCAGAUCGUACAAAAAAUAAAAGAAAAGUACUCUUUAUGGGAAAACUUUACAAAUUAUAUAAACUGUAUAUGUAAUAAAAACGUAAAUAUGCAAUUUUAUUGUUUGCCUAAUGGUAUAAUCGAUACGAGGUUCAAGGCUCAACAGAUACACACAGCUGGUAAUCAUAAAAAUACUAAAACCAGUCAUUCUGACAAGUUUUUACGAGAUUUGAAAACAAACAACAUUGUUGCACAUGCAAGCAGUAUACCUGCAAGAAAUAAACCACUUUAUCACAACUGUUAUUUACAAGCACCUGAUGGAGACAUAUUGUGUACGUGUGAUCGUAAGAAAGCAGAAUGGUAUGUUACCAAAGCAUUAGGAGAAGUAAUUGAACAGGAACCGUUUACCGUGAGGCUGAAAUUUGAACCUUCUGGACGUGCUCUAGGAGAGGUUGGGCAAUACUAUACACAGGUUAAAGUUAAUCAAUGCGUAGUCUGUGGAACUUUGGAGAAAUUUAUUCGAAAAAAUGUCGUACCUAGGGAGUAUCGUAAAUACUUUCCACUGGUGAUGAAAGCGCAUCAGUCGCACGACAUACUAUUAUUAUGUCCAGUAUGUCAUGAGAUAAGUAACUGCUAUGAUCUGCAGCUCAGAAGAAAGCUAGCAGACAUGUGUGAUGCGCCUUUGGCCGGUCCGUUGACACACGUACGCAAUAAAUAUGUAAAUAAUUGGAGGAAACUACAUUCCGCAGUUAAGGCAUUAAGAGAAGAAAGAACUUUGCCCGACUCACGACGUAUAGAAUUAGAACAUUAUAUCCUGGAAUGUACGGGUCAGCAGCAAGUUACACCAGCUCUCCUCGAUCUGGUGUAUCAAGAAUUAAAGCAUGCUAUGGUUUCAAUGCCUAACUAUGACCAAUCUAAAUGCCAACCUCAUGGUUUGAAGGUGGUUCAAUACUUUGAAAAAAGAGAAGGUGGACUGAUAGAAUUGGAGCAAAUGUGGAGAGAGCAUUUCUUAGUAACGAUGAAACCAAAGUACUUGCCAAAACUGUGGUCUAUUCAUCACAAUCAGGAGAGAUUAAUCAUUCGUCAGUCACAGAAUAGAAUUGAACCAGAAGAUGCCAAGGUAGCUGGUUUAAGGCACUAAAUUUUAAGCAUUAUAUACCAAAAAAGGACUCGUAUAA